UUAGGGGUACAGGGUGGAAUGUCCUGAUAUUGUGUAGACAUGUAUAGGUGGGGUGUGGGGGUUGUUCAUUGUACUGCCAUGUGGUGCAUCCCAUUGUUCUAUUGUGUGUUUUGCUUGGGAGCAAAACUAUUAUGGGAUGUAUGUGUUUGUGUAUUGGCUUGCCCUUCCCCCUGAUGGGACUGUCGGCUGAUGUGUUUCUUACUCCUUAUGCAGGGAGGUGGGUUGUCCUCUUGAAUGUUUAUAUCUUGUGUCUGUGU